GUGAUGUGUGUUUACUUUGUUGUUCGGAAAAUAUAAAAAGCUACGCAAUGCCAACAAUGUUGAAUACAAUUACAUAAAAUUUGUUUUUGUAACGUGUUGAAUUUGCCAAACAAAUGAAUAUUGGCACACUGUUGCCUAUUAAAGCUUUGGAAGUAGCAACAUAUUUGCUGGCGUGGACGAACCGCGAAUUGAAUAUAAAAAGUUACACAAACGAAAGUUUGCAGAGGGCAUCAAAAGUAACAGCAACAUCAACAGCAGCAGCCGCGUUGUGAUUGUUGUUGUUGUUGUUGAUGAGCCAAGCCAACAGCAGCCCCAAGACAAUAAAAGGCACGGCACCAAAACGAACAAAGACAAAGUUUAUGUCGCAACGGCAGCGGCAAAUCAUUUAAAUAUUGAAGCAAUUGAAAAGGCAGCGUCGAUGGUAGCAAUUAACAGCAGCGACGACUGCAACAGCGCCAACAGCAGCAGCAAUUGGCUGGGCAACGGGGGCUGCAACAAAUUUGAGCGACAGCAGAGGCAGCAAAGAAUAUCGCUAAGUGAAAACCACAAUAAGAAUAGCAACAGCAACAGCAACAACAACAGCAAUAAAAGCAACAUUGAUGUAGAAACAUUUACCAAUACAAAAGAACUCAAUCAACUCAAUUUAAAUUCAUCGUCAACGACUUUGUCGUCGCAGUCGCUGGCGACCUCACUGGAGGCUGCGUCAGCAACAACAACAACAACAGCAGCAGCAGCAGCAGCAACAACAAUAGCACAAUCAUCAUCAUCGUCAUCAUCAUCAACGUCGCUUGCUAUUUUAGCUACAGCAACUGUAACUGAGAUAGCGCGACAACAGCAACAACAGCAACAACAACAGCUACAACGACAGCGACAACAGCUGAUUAUGUCGCCAACGGCGCUGGCAUCGUGCGCCGCGUCGUGUUCAACGUCUGCCAACACCCCCGCCUCAGUCUCAGUCUCAGUCACAGUCACAGCGACAAGCACAGCAACAGCUGCUGCUGCUGUUCACUUGCGAAAAUCACACUCGACGCCGGCUCUCAAAUUUGAUGGCAGCAACAGCAAUAUUGUUGACAACAGCAACAGCAACAAAUACUGUAAUAGGAAUCACGUCGAAUCCGCCAUGGAGGCUAGCAACAUUGCCAUCAAGGAUGUUGCUGUUGUCGCCCACAUCAAGCGACAGCAACAGCAGCAACAGCAACAGCAGCAUCAACAGCAACAACAGCAACACGAUCAAUUUCCACACGAUAGCAACAAGUGCAACAACAUUGAUGCAACGCAGCCAACGACGCCGGAAUCAUUGCGUUUCGGUUGCACGCACUACAAGCGACGCGCCAUGUUUGUGACACCGUGCUGCAAUAAGUUUUACAAGUGCCGCUUCUGCCAUGAUGAGAACGAAUCGCAUCAUUUCGAUCGGAAAACACUCACCGAACUCAUCUGUUCCGAGUGCAACACGCGGCAAAAGGUGCAGGAGCAAUGCGAAAAGUGCGGCGUACGCUUCGGCAAGUACACGUGCCUCAUUUGCAAUCUGUUCGAUGAUGCGGACAAGCAGCAAUAUCAUUGUCAUGGCUGUGGCAUCUGCCGCAUCGGCGGUGCCCACAACUUCUUUCACUGCGAGGUAUGCAACAUGUGUCUGCCGAUGCAGCUGAAGAUCGAUGGACACAGGUGCGUGGAGAAUAUCUCGCGUUCGCAUUGCCCCGUCUGCCUGGGUGAUAUACACACGUCGCGCAUUCCAUGCCACAUUCCGGACUGCGGGCAUCUGCUGCACAAAAUGUGCUUCGAUCAGCUGCUGGCCUCGGGUCACUACACCUGCCCCACCUGCCAAACAUCGCUGAUUGACAUGACGGCGCUGUGGGAGUACCUGGAUGCCCAGGCGCUGCGCAUGCCCGUUCCACUCAAGUACGAGAAUCAGCGUGUGCACAUCUUUUGCAACGAUUGUCACAAGACUUCAAAAACCAAAUUUCAUUUCAUCGGACUCAAGUGCGUGCAUUGUGGCGCCUACAACACCACGCAGGAUGUGAAGCGUCGCCUAUCCCUGGUUACCGAUGAGCCGACAACGGCCUGACACUCGCUUUUGCCCUCGCCUCUGUGGUAUUUGGCGGGCACAAGCAUUACCUACCGCAACAGGAAAUCUCUCUUGCCAUGCUCCACAUUUGAAGAAACUAAAUUUAUGAAACUGAAAUCGAAACGCAUUGAAUUUAGACCAAAUUCGAGCUGGUAUCGAAUAUAAAUUAAAAAAAAAAACAAUUACAAAAUCCUUAAUCUACAUAUAGAGCUU